AUGUCAAAGAUCUCAGCCUUUUGUCAUCUCAAUCGGGAGUUAUGUCAAGGAGACCCGGAGCAGUGGUUUUUCUUCGUUCCUCGGCAAGAGAGAGAAGCCCAUGGAGGAAGACCUAAUCGACUCACGACUAUCGGAUAUUGGAAAGCCACUGGUUCUCCGGGCAAUGUUUACUCGAGUAAUCAAAUAAUUGGAGUGAAGAGAACCAUGGUUUUCUACCGAGGAAGAGCUCCAGGUGGUAGAAAGACAGAGUGGAAGAUGAACGAGUACAAAGCCUUAGCCGGAGAAGCUUCUUCUUCAACAAGUGCAGCUCCAAAGAGGCCUGCUGCUAUCAAUCUCGGAGCUUCCCUCUCGGCGAAACAAGGAUCAGAUUUGUUACAAAGAACAACUAAGACAAGCUCAAAUCUAACACAAUUUUAG